AUGAAGACGACGCAGUUGAUGGGCGAUCUCCCAUCCUAUCGUGUCCAGGAUUAUGCGGGACCUUUUUUGAUCAAGUCGCUCACCCAGGCACGCAAACCGAUGAUCACGAAAGGGUACGUAUGUCUCUUUGUUUGUCUCAGUACGCGCGCCAUCCACCUUGAACUGGUGUCAAGCCUCACGACCGAAGCCUUCCUUGCAACCUUGAGGCGGUUCACUGGACGACGAGGACCUGUCAGCAAGAUCUAUUCCGACAAUGCGACAAAUUUUGUCGGGGCUGAAGCCGAGUUGGAACAGCUGGGCAAAUUUUUCGCUGACGAACAUCACAUCAAGGAGCUGACUGAGUUCUGCGGAAGCCGAUCGAUUUCGUGGAGUUUCAUCCCACCGAGGAGUCCCCACUUUGGAGGGAUUUGGGAGUCCGGGGUUAAAUCCGUAAAACACCACUUGAAAAGAGUAGUCGGAAACCAGAAGUUAACGUUCGAGGAAAUGAGCACAGUACUUGUUCAGAUUGAAUCGGUGCUCAACUCACGACCACUCACGUCAUGCUCCGAUGACCCCAACGAUUUGACCGCCGUAACCCCAGCACAUUUCUUGGUUGGACGGCAAAUGCAGUCAAUCCCCGAGCCAUCGUAUACCAAUAUGAAGCUCUCGACGUUGACACGGUGGCAACUAGUGCAGGCCACUCUACAACAUUUCUGGAAAAGGUGGCUUGCCGAAUAUCUGCCGGAGUUGCAGAACCGCCAGAAAUGGUUCAAGACAACCCAAAUCAAACCUGGUGCCUUAGUGCUCAUCAAUGAUCCCAAUGCUCCGCCGAUGCAAUGGCAACUCUGCAGAAUCAUCGAGACUCAUCCGGGUAGCGACAACAUCACCAGGGUAGUAACUCUGCGUACCGCCAGGGGUGAAUGCAAACGAGGCGUCACCGAGAUUUCCCUUCUUCCACUGGAUCAGGAGGAGCAGAAGCUGGACCAUUGA